UCCUUUUCUUUAUUUGCUGCGCGCUUUUAGACAAAAUAAAAAACGUAGUAGUAGUAGCAGUAUGUGACCAGAUGCCAUUAUUAUUAUUAUUAUUAUUACAGCACAAAGAAAACUGCAGCAGCAUUUGCUUGCAGCACCAGCAUGUGACUUGUGUUGUGUUGUUUUGUGAUUUACUCAAAACUCAACUCCUCAAAUCAAAUCAACCAUGGAUUCGGAAGAGUCCACCAGGUAUGUUAUUGUGCGUCCAGAAAAGGGUCGUUUUAAGGACUUAUUCCGCUAUGCACUGCUAGGCGCCGCUACAUCUUCAUCCGUGGAUGUGGAGGAGGAUCGCAGAUGGGUCAUCCUUGUUUCCAUUCUUGUUCUCAAAUUAAUUGCUAUAUUUUCUAUUCCUAUGUACUGGACCGGCCGCUUUCUUGAUUUUUCCCUCAAUCUUAUCUCUCUCAACGGUGGUUCUUUAUUUCGUCUGCUUCACAACUUUCUACAUGCCAAUGUUGUACUACCUGAGAGGGGUUCACAAACUUUUGUAAGUACAAUUGGUCAAUUAGACGCCAGGGUUGAUCUUCAAUUUAUGACUACCGAGGAAGAAGAGGAACCCUUCUUCAAACCACAAUUAGGGAACCGCGCUUUAAUGGACCUCUGCAUUAUGUCUUCUAAGUUAGCAUAUGAGAACCCUCGAUUCAUCCAAAAUGUCGUAAACCUCCGUUGGAUGAUGCACUUUGUUGAUUUCUACCACUGCUGGAAUGAUUUCCAGAAACAGAUGUCCACUCAACUCUUCAUUCUAUGUGACAAGCCCAAAGAUGCAAAUUUGAUAUUAGUCAGCUUUAGGGGCACUGAACCUUUCGAUGCUUAUGAUUGGAGUACUGAUUUCGAUUAUUCCUGGUAUGAAAUCCCAAAUGUGGGAAAAAUUCACAUUGGAUUCCUAGAAGCCCUUGGUCUCGGCAAUAGAGAUCAACCCUCCACCUUCUACUCUAAUCUCCAAGGGAAAUAUACAACCAACUCUCAAUCAUCAUUGCUCUCAGGCAUUGAUUCCGAUGAAGAUGAUCAAUCUUUCAUGUCUCAGACUCCUCCACAGGAGGAGAAAACUGCAUAUGACAUUGUCAGAACUAAACUCCGAAGCUUAUUAGAGGAGCAUAAGGAUGCAAAAUUCAUCGUUACCGGCCAUAGCUUGGGGGGAGCCCUGGCCAUAUUGUUUCCAACCGUUCUUGUAGUGCAUCAAGAGAUGGAGAUGAUGGAAAAGCUGCUUGGUGUAUACACAUUUGGCCAACCUAGAAUUGGGAAUAGGCAGCUUGGGAGAUUCAUGGAACCUCAUUUGGAUCGCCCUGUUCCAAAGUACUUCAGGGUGGUUUAUUGCAAUGAUAUUGUCCCCAGGUUGCCUUAUGAUGACAAAACCUUCCUGUACAAACAUUUUGGAGAGUGUCUUUACUACAACAGCCACUACAUUCAAAAAAAUGUGAAGGAGGAGCCGAAUAAAAAUUUCUUCGGAAUGAGAUUCAUAUUAUCACAACAUUUGAAUGCUGUUUGGGAGUUAAUUCGAGGCUUGACAAUGGGUUACAUUAAAGGAGAUGAGUAUAAGGAAGGGUGGUUUCACAUAUUGGUAAGGAUAAUAGGACUGGCAUUUCCUGGUUUUUCGGCUCAUUGUCCCACAGAGUAUGUCAACUCUAUCAGACUUGGGAAGGAAAGCUCCAUUCACAUGUCUUCUAUCUAAGAAUUCUUGAAGCUCUCAUGUAUUAUGGCUGCCUUGUUCUCUGCUCCCAAAGUUUGCUGGGUUUUGUCAGGUGUCUAAAAUUCAUACAUGAAUGCUUAUGCCUGUAGUUCUUUUCUUUUGCAAUGUUUUCCCUGUUAUGUGAUUUUUAUGUCGGUGAUAAAGAGUAUGUUAUAAAUACCACUAAGUAAAAACUUGAAAUAAAUGUAUCCAUAACAAGAUUUUGUUUAAAGCAAUCAUGGUAUAAGUAUCACCACAUAUUUUCAUGUUACAA